AUCUCUCUCUCUUUACUCAGCACCUGGCGGGGUGUCAGCCAUCAGAAGCAAGGACACGAAUGGGCAGAGCAGAACUUCUAGGAGGGAACAUGAGUACCCAGGAUCCCUCGGAGCUGUGGGGCCGGGCAGAUGGAGGCUCAGACCUGUUCCAGGAUUUGGGGUGGUACCAUAGCAACCUCACCCGUCACGCUGCAGAGGCUCUCCUGCUCUCCAACGGACGUGACGGCAGCUACCUGCUGAGGGACAGCAAUGAACAGACCGGGCUCUACUCUCUCUCCGUGAGAGCCAAAGACUCCGUCAAACACUUUCAUGUUGAAUACACUGGGUAUUCCUUUAAGUUUGGCUUUAAUGAAUAUUCAUCUCUAAAGGAUUUCGUCAAGCAUUUUGCAAAUCAACCUUUGAUUGGGAGCGAGACAGGGACUCUGAUUGUUCUGAAGCAUCCCUAUCCAAGGCAAGUGGAGGAACCUUCCAUUUAUGAAUCAGUCCGGGUCCACACGGCGAUGCAGACGGGAAGAACAGAGAAUGACCUUGUGCCCACUGCACCUUCUCUGGGCACCAAAGAAGGCUAUCUCACCAAGCAGGGAGGUCUGGUAAAGACCUGGAAAACGAGAUGGUUCACUUUGCAAAGGAACGAACUGAAAUAUUUCAAAGACCAGAUGUCUCCAGAACCAAUUCGGAUCCUAGACCUAACGGAGUGCUCAGCUGUCCAAUUUGAUUACUCGCAGGAUCGAGUAAACUGUUUCUGCCUAGUGUUCCCAUUCAGGACAUUUUAUCUCUGUGCAAAGACGGGAGUCGAAGCCGAUGAAUGGAUCAAAAUACUGCGAUGGAAGUUGUCAAAAAUAAGAAAACAGCUGGAUCAAGACGACACCAUCCGAUCUCGCUCAUUUAUCUUCAAAUAGAACUUUCUUGCUCAAGGGCAAGGUUGAUGUGCCAGGUGUCGGAUCUGUGGCGGACUUCAGAGGAAAGCUCACCGAAGUAUUUCCUCUAAAAACAAACCAAAAGCAGAUCCUGCUUGGAAGCUGUAUGCUGUUUGCUGAUUCGUGGAAAACAGCUGGCAGGACCUGGCCGUCUGCUCGGGAACACAGAUGCAGUGCCCUGCUGAUGGCAACUGCCUACCAUCCAUGUGGAGCCACUCUUGGACCCAGCGCCAGCUCGGUGGCUGUCCCAGUGGCUUAGGCUUGUUGACUUUAUUUGCCUGGAGUCCAGCCCCAAGUCAUGGUCAGCACAACUAAACUUCAGGACAUGCUCCAUGCAGCAAGGAAACAGCAGUGCAUCAGGGAGUUCGGGCUGUGCUUUUAGGAAGCAGAUUAAGAUAAUAAACACCGCGGACGUUCAAAGGA